UACUUAUAUCAGAUUAUAAGGUUUUACGUUGAUCGACUACUUUUUGCUUUAAUCAUCUUUAGCAUGGUGCCCUUUGUCAUUGGGUUUGUCCGCCAAGAAUCCCUGCGGAUGCCGAUUGAUCGAAUAUUCAUGGGCGUGUGGUACGCCGUCGCUUCCGUCAUAGCUGCUUGUUUCCUGAUCUACAACUUUAUCGUGUUUGUCUACCCGGAGUCUGUGGUGAGCUACGAGCAGCAGUGGGCUGAGAACAUCGGCUGGUGCGUCAGUGUGUCGCCUCUGUUGUUGGGGGUUCUACUCGGAGCACUGCACACCCUGCUCUCGCUCAAAGGCUCGGUCAAAGAGCGUCUGGUCAAUUCCUUUAAAACCGGGUCAUCUUCAUCGAUCGAGGCCUCAGAUGACGGACUAUCCGUGGACACAGGUGACACUGACCUCAAGUCGCCGUGCCCAUCCCGCCACACCACCCCCCUGACUCAAGCCCGCGCCCCCCUCCUCAAACACCACGCCACCCUGCUGGAGAAGAACAGCCAAUCUGGCUCCAACCACACGCUGUUCCCACAAAAUCUGGCCAACCUUCCCAUCAGCCCUGUCGGCAGUCAGAACGACGUGGUGGUCAGGAACUGUAUCAACAGCCCCACAGCGGGGAGGGAACCCUUUGUGCCAGAAAAUACCGCGCUCGGUUACGGGACUUUGCAGAUGCCGAAAGCUAAAGCCAAUGUGGAGGUUGUGAUUAGAUCAACGAGUGAUGGCAAUAUUGCGAGGUUGUAAACCUGCAACAUUGCGAGGUUGUAAACCUGCAACAUUGCGAGGUUGUAAACCUGCAACAUUGCGAGGUUGUAAACCUGGAACAUGGGGAG